UAUGAAUCAUGGCUAAUAUUUUUUUCCAAAAUUAAACUUUUCUUUUCUGUUACUAUCCACCUCUAAUUUGUAACCGUCAACUUAAAAACUUUAACGCAGGUUUUUUUUUUGUUAAAUGAUUAAAUGGCUGAGGCUGAGCCUGACGUUUCAAAACACUUUUUUUUUUUCAUAUUUUUUUGUAAGUAGUAAAGCAAACAGCAAACAAACUAAAUUUGAUUUUUGCUUCUUCAGUUCUUCUUCUUCUUCCCUUUCCUUUGCCAGAAAUUCUUAUCCUUUACUGGAUUAUGAUUUUUUAGAUGGUUUCUGCUCUAAAAAUGGUAGAACCAAAGACAGCUAAAUAUAGGAAAAAUAAAAGACAGAUUAUUUAACGAUUUUCUUUUUGUUUUUCUGUUGUCUCCGUUUAUGAUCUGUUCACCAACUAGAACGAUUAUAAUACCCAGAGAAACCAAAUUUCAAAAAUUUCCAUUUAAUAAACAUUCCCAAUUUCAUGUGAAAUCUAACGUUUAUAACCAAUACCAUUGCAAACCAAAAAGCCGAUUCAAGGAUUUCAGUCCCUUAAUCUUUUCCACUGCUAACAGAAUGGCGGUGGAGCCCUUAACCUCUGGUGCAAGUGGUCGCAUAAACGCCCUCUUCUCCUUACGUGCUUUGAGGAGCCUGUUGGUGCUGCUAAACGCCGUCCUUUUGUUGCUGCUGUUGCCAUUCCGGGGACAAAAACGCGCAUCCGCGAACACUUCCGUGGAUGAGAAAAAGGAGAGCGGGAGGAAAGGGUCGGCGGCGCCUGCGGUGAGGGUGCCGGUGGCGGUGGUGCCGUGGAGAAGUGUGACGUUGGCUCUGGACCAGGAGGCAGCAGCGAGGCGGUCACUGGCGAUUCGGAGGGUGGUGCAGGACGAUGAUGACGCUACGGUGAGAAAGUUUUCGCUGUUUUCUAGUGCAAGAGUUGACACGUUAUUCACUCAGUCUUGGACUCCGAUUUCUGUCAAAGUCAGGGGAAUAGUUGUUCUUUUGCAUGGCUUGAAUGAGCACAGUGGCAGAUACAGUGAUUUUGCAAAGCGGCUUAAUGCUAAUGGAUUCAAGGUCUAUGGAAUGGAUUGGAUUGGACAUGGUGGAAGUGAUGGGCUACAUGCAUAUGUUCAUUCUCUUGAUGAUGCUGUUACUGAUAUGAAAAUGUUCCUUGGAAAAGUUUUAGCUGAAAAUGCUGGGCUUCCAUGCUUUUGCUUCGGUCAUUCAACAGGUGGUGCAAUUGUCCUUAAAGCAGUACUUGAUCCAAAGGUUGAAGCCCAAGUAGCAGGCAUUAUACUGACUUCACCAGCUGUAGGCGUCCAGCCAUCUCAUCCAAUUUUUGUGGUACUUGCCCCAGUUAUCUCAUUUCUAUUGCCAAGAUACCAAGUCCCUGUUGCGAAUAAAAAGGGCAUGCCAGUUUCUAGGGACCCAGAGGCUCUGGUGGCAAAGUAUUCAGAUCCACUGGUGUACACUGGAUCCCUCCGGGUAAGAACUGGUUAUGAAAUUCUUAGGAUUACAUCCUACUUGCAGCAGAAUAUGAACAGAUUGAGAGUUCCUUUCCUAGUUCUGCACGGCACUGAUGAUACUGUAACUGAUCCUCAAGCUUCUGAGAAACUGUAUGAAGAGGCUGCCUCAACUGACAAAACGAUCAAAUUAUUUGAAGGCCUGUUACAUGAUCUCCUCUUUGAACCAGAACGAGAAACUAUAAUGGAUGACAUAAUCCAGUGGUUAAAUUGUAGAGUAUAAAAAGAGAGAACACUGAAUUCUUCUACCGUCGAAGGACAAAAUAGAAAAGAAAGAAACUCUUAAAGUGAUUAAUGCUGCUAGAAUGUUUCCAGUGAAGCAGAAGAUAGCAAAUUGCAUCGCCAAAUAAGAUUCAGCAUUUCAAUGUUUCAACCUGACUUUUUGUUCUUACAUUGAUAAAAUGUUCUAAUGAAUCUCAAGGAUCCUUCUUGACAGCUACAAGCUUAUUAAGUUUACCGACUAUACUAAUAUUUUUGCCUUUGAUAAUUUUUGUUUUACAAUCUGUUCACAGUCGCGGUAUAUUGUACCAAAAUCUAAAACUUUUAUAUAAUAUUUUAUUUUCGUAUCAUAAUCAUUUUAGUUCAAUUUUUAGAUCCAC